AUUACUAAUGAGUCUCCUUCUUACAGAAUGUUUGGUAGGAAUGUGAGAAAUCGAUUUCAUUGUUUGAAAGAAUCUGCACUUGAUUGUAAGCCUAGCUCUAAACCUAGUGGUAGGGAGGUAUACUUUGAUGUCGGUGAAAUACCGUAGCUUAUGCUCGAGAUUACAGAAAUCCAAAUAAACGAGUAUGGCAAAAAUGUAAGAUUGAAGAAGUGGUACCUAGGUUGCCGAAACUACAUUGUAAAAAUUGUAAAUGAAGGUUUAAUAUGGCGUAGACAUGCUGACCAAUUGAUUAAAGCCUGUAAUUUCAAUCAAGAUAAUGUUACAGAUGAAAUUGAAGACAAAAAUGUAGUUAACUAUAAGGUUGACAAGAGUAUUGUGCCAAAGAGUAUUGAUUAUAAAUCUUUGAUUGUACCGAAUGAGACUAUGAGAAACAAAACUGUAAUUGUACCGGAUACUUGUGUAAAUACUGAUUUAUUGAAUAAACCUAUUGUAAGAAAAAAUGAUGUAAUUGAACCUAUUGUAAGAAAUGAUGAUGUAAUUGAAAAUCAAAAGCAAGUAUGUGAAGGUCAAGGAAUAUAUUCGACUAGACCUAAGAGAGUAAUCAAACCACCAGAACGUUUGAAUUUAUAAUUUGUUUCUAUUGAUAAAUUUUAUUGAUUUGUAUUUUGUAUUGUAUUUCAUUCCAAUGUUAUUGAUUUGAUUUUGUAUUGAAUUUACUUUUAUUGUACAUCAACUGUACUACUUUGUAACUUGGUGUGGGGGUGUUGUAUCGAUUGUAUCGAACCCCAACAAAUAUUUAAUAUCGAUAAUGUCAUAUUCAAUAGUUAAUGUAUCGAUGAGAUGUACAUUCAAGAUGGCUACUGUUCUUCUCCGGGUCAAGGCGACUCCAGUUUGUAAUUCAAAUUUGUAUUCGAUUUAUUAUUUAAAUGGUGUUAAAUAAAUAGCCAGUGAGUUUGCAAACAUCGUAUUUAUUUCAAUUCCACUUUACAACAGUGCACAUUGGGUAAUGCUAAAUGGACUAGCAUAUAAUGGCGGUCAGACAAACGUAUGUUCUCCUGACCAAAAACUACACAACAUCUUAAAGAAAUUGAAAAAAUAUAGUGUAGCCUAUAUGUAGACAUUUGAGACUCAUGAGCUUUAGCCUAUAUGUGUUAUAUAUCUGCCAUACCCUAAAUAAAUAAUUUACACCAAUAAAUUUUUCCUGUUCCUCUAGGAAACACACUCGAUUGUAUCCUAGUUGCCAUUCUCUGAUGUAGCCAUUAAAAGAGUUACAUGUAGUCGAUUUAUGACCAUACACAAUAAUUUAGCCUAUCUUGUUUUUCAAUUCAGGCAAUACCUACUGUUAUAUUGAAUGAAGAAAAUAAAGAAGGCCGUGGCAUCAGGCAGCUAAGCCGCCAAAAAAACAGCAAUGGCGUCUCGGCCUAGUCAUGGACUACAACUCUGUGUUUUAUUUAUGUUCACCUAAUAUAUAACAGUGGCGACGAGGAUUUAAAGUUCCAGGAUGGAGAUUGUGUAAACAAAUAUGUAAAAAUCCAAAUACGGAGAGAGUGAGGAACAGAUAAUUACGUGAGUAGGCUAAUAAAAUUGUGAAACAUGAUUGGAAGUGUAGGAGAAUUCGACAUUGGUGUCGAAACAUGGUCAUCAUAUAUUGAACGUUUUGAGUUGUUUUGUGAGUGUAACGACAUUAAGAAAGAUAAAAAGGUAUGUACACUAUUAUCUGUAGUCGGAGUGAAAACGUAUUCAUUGUUAAGAAAUUUAUGUACUCCUGAAAAACCUGCAGAUAAGACUUUUGCAGACAUUGUCAAAAUAAUCGAAAGUCAUUUGUAUCCAAAGCCUUCGUUCAUAGCUGAAAGAUACAAAUUUAGCAAACGAAAUCAGUUAGAAAAUGAAAAUAUUUCCGAGUACAUAGCUAAUUUGAAACGCUUAUCAAUUCACUGUGAAUUUGGGGCUUUGCUGAAUGAUUAUUUACGGGACAGACUGGUCAGUGGUAUACGAAGUGAGUCUACAAAACAAAAACUGUUAGCUGAAUCAUCCUUGACCUAUGAAGAAGCAGUAAAGAUUAUAUUAUCAGUGGAAACUGCCGAAAAGAAUGCAUCUAUCCUGAUGGUGGGCGACAACGCAGUGAGUGAUGGCCAAUUGCAACAAAUAAAGGCGAGUUCUUCAAGUUUCCAGAAUGCUAGCAAUGACGGGAAUUAUCAGGCGGGUAGCACACGGCAGCACACACCAAAUAACCGAAGAUUUCAAGAACGAGGAACAUCUAAAGGAACCAGCAUGAACAAUCAACAAGUGACAUGUUUUUGCUGUGGGCGAGUUGGACAUUAUGCCAAGGAGUGCCGUCUAUGGGGUUGUACAUGCCGAAAAUGUGGAAAAAAGAAUCAUAUUGCAUUGGUUUGUAGGUCCAGUGGUAAGUCCAACACAUCUAACAUUACAAUGAAGCAUAAUUAUGUAGGGGACAAUGACAAUGAAAUUGUUGAAGAGAUAGAGGACAAUUUUGAUGGAGUAUUUAAUUUAUGUAACUUAGGAGCUCUUCUGACAAAUAAGACUAGUAGUCUCAUUAAUACUUUGAAAGUUGAUCCAAUUACGGUGCCUGUAACUAUUGGAGGGAAAAUGAUCAAAUUUGAAGUAGACAGUGGAGCAUGUGUUUCAGUGAUUUCAGAAAAUGAUUAUCAUAAUAAGUUAAGUCAUAUUCAAUUGAAUUCUACAAAUUUAGUUUUGAGUUCUUAUGUGCAGGAACACAUUAAACCAGUAGAGAUGAUUCAGGUUAUGGUGGGAUAUAAAGAUAUAAGUAAAAUGUUAGAUUUAUAUGUUGUAGCUAAUGGAGCAAAUCAUCUAUUAGGAAGAGAUUGGAUACAGGAAUUGCAGUUAGCAUUCCUGCAAACAAUGUAAAUAAUGUCCACAGUAAAGUUCAACAAAUUGAUACUAGAUCUGACUGUGAGUCAGUGGACAAACUCUACAAAGAGUUUCCACAAGUUUUUAGUGACAAACUAGGAAGUUUCAAAGGUGAGCCAGUCAAACUUAAAUUGAAAGAAAAUGCUGUUCCAAAGUAUUACAAACCUAGGACCUUGCCAUUCACAUUGAAAGAUAAGGUAGAAUCAGAAUUGAAAAGGUUGGUUGAUGAAGGAAUUUUAUCACCUGUAGACUCUAGUGAAUGGGGGACACCAAUAGUGCCAGUUUUGAAACCCAAUGGUCAAAUUCGUAUAUGUGGUGAUUUUAAAGUCACUCUCAAUCCUUUUUUGGUGGUAGAUCGUCACCCUUUACCAAGAAUUGAAGAGUUAUUUGCUAGUUUACAAAAAGGUGUCAAGUUUUCAAAAAUUGAUCUUUCACAUGCAUACCAACAAUUGAAUUUGGAUGAGGAAAGUAGAAACUACUGUACUAUUAGUACUC